AGCUUCAAUAAUUAAUCUUUUUUUUUUUUACAGCUUUUACCUUACGUUCCUCAAAACUAUUAUUGAAUUCUAUCAACAUCAUCCUUUUUCCUGAAGACGCUACUUUGGCCGCUUAAAUUGUUUUUUGAAACUAACUUCAUAAGAAGUAGCAGUAAAAAAACAAUAUUCUAAUUACAUUUAAGAUCUCUUUGUAAUGUGUUCUUCUUCAUUUUCGUGAUUUUAAUUACAAAAAUGAUGAAUCCAACCGAUUUUCUUUUCGAGAAAAAUAUAAAUCGCCCGCUGAUUAUCCCCAGUAAUCAGCAGCUCGUCCGUGACGCAACUUCAAACUUUGCCGCCUUUAACAUGGCGUCACUUGCCAACCGUAGGUCGAAGCUCGUCUCUCAAGGUUUUCCCGCCAUUUGACCUUCAUCAUAUAUCAUUUGCUUCAAAAAUAUCGCUUGGAACCUUUCGAACGAACUUUAUCAGUAAAUGUUAACGCAGUUCGAAAGAGGUCUGCGAAAAGGUCAUCGGACCCUUUCUCGCUGAUGAGCGGGACAAUCACUCUUGAAACAGCGAAAUGUUACAACGUAGUGAUUUGGACAGCGAUGGCGGAAGAGGCGGCAGUCUCGCUCGGUGGCGCCAUCUUGGCAUGUUUUACCAUCAUGUUUGGCCUUUCAUUCGGCCGCCUUCCGUCCUGGCAAUAGGAUAGGAUCUGAUUGUCACGUUGAGAGAAGCGAGUCGCUCGUGCUGUUCGUGCGUGUGUGCCUUCUGCAAGAUGGCUUUGUCCGCCACCGCAGCGCCACUGUGAUAUCACUCCAGAAGAAGAGAAAGAGUUCGAAAAGCGCUCAGAUUAAUACACCGAGAGUACCGCAAGUGAAGUGGAGAUAACCGCCAGCAUAACGACGGUCAUUGGUGCAACCAAGCGAGAGGGAAGGUGAUAGGCAACAACAUUUUUAGCGGCGCGGAUAUGUGACGCUCGUCGGCAAACCGAUGGCACAAUUGCCCGAGAUGGAAUCGCCUUCGGCCUGUCAGGAGUAUCUCGUUGAGGCCCAAGAGGAUUCCACCUCAGUGGAUCUCGCAAGCACGUCGUCGACGACGAUGACGACAACAACGACGACGACGACAACAACAACGCCAGCAGAAGAUGCCGCGCGUCAAUCCGUCAAUGAGGACUUGCGUGAGAAUUCGGUGGUGGUGCACGAGAAGAUAAACGAAAACUCGGAGAACGGAGAACUCGAGGAGAGACAAUCCAGUGAUAAUCUUUAUUUAGAAAAAGAAGAGAAGAAAGAAAAUGAAAAGGAAGAAGAGAAGAAAGAAAAUGAAAAGGAAGAAGAGAAAAAAGAAGUGGAAGAUAAGAUCAACGAAGACAAAGAAGAUUCGAUAGAGAAAGUUCUUCUGGAACCUAAGGAGUCGAUAAAGACGGUCAGUCUUCAAACUCAUGAUCUUGACGACGAGGAAACCAGGCUUGAGGAACCAGUCUGCAUUUCCAGGAAAAGAUCAGUCGACAACGAUUUUUUACCAAUCGACGAGGAUGUGAAGAAAGUUGGUCUUGAGAUUUCGGAAGAGCAGGCAAUACAGUUGAAAAACGACAUCAGAAGACUGUCGCCGGUGCUUGUAAGCACGCGAGAGAGAACGUUGGGUGAAAUAUCUUUGAUUUCGGAAUCGUGUUCCUUCAAGGACGACAUCGAUGGCAAAACAAUGUCGAAGAGCGACGACGGUCACGACGAAUCGUUGCGGGAGAACGAGAUUCCGGUUACUAAGAACUGUGCGAAAAAAGAUGUCGACGAAGCGAAACAGGAAGCGAUUGCCAAGGUUACCGCGAGUUCUCCGACAGAGUGCACAAGUUGCGACGGUGCGCUCGAGAUGAUCAACUCGGAUCGCGAAGAGAGAAAGAUAGUUCGGUGCGACGGUCAAGCGAAGAUUCUCGAUGUUGAUUCUUCAAUGUCCUCGGAGCGCGACGGUUUCAAAUCGACGGAAUCGAAUCAACAUGACAACGUCAGUGACAUCAUGAGCGCGCCUGACGUUUCGAUCGAAAAGUGCGUCGACGAAACGACGAGUGCUGUGGUCUCGGAUCUCGUCUGUCGGCGUUUGUCGGUGGUGCUAAACCGCAUCGACAACGUAAAUGUGAUAAAAUCGAAAGACGAUGCUGUUGAAAAAGAUCCACUCUAUUCCGAAAGAAAAAGAAAUCUCGAAGAGGAAUACAGCGCGCCAGGUAAAACUCCCUUGAAGAAACAACGGUGGCAUAACGACUCCUCGCCGAUGACCAGAUCAAAAACAAGCGAGCUGAUAGAACCUGUCCGUAGUCCAAAUAAUCUGAUUUUAAAGAAGUGCAAAGUGGUGCUAGAACGAAUCAACGACGACAAACAAUCUCAACCGGCAAAACCCGAUGAAACUGAUAUUACUUCGCAGAAACUCGAGAGAGAAGGAUCCGCGCCGGUGUCCGUAAUCGGACAAUUGGAGGAAGACGAAGAGGUGGUGCUGGCGGGUUCUUCGCUUUCUGGCGAACGCGACCGAGUGUUUAACGAACUGGACUCGUCGGAGACGAUGCCAAGUUCUCCGGAGGAGAUGUCGGAACCGGCAAUGGACAUCGUUGAAGGUGUCGACACAGAAACGGAAACUGAGACCGGAUCCGACAGUUCGGAGGUGUCACCUAUCGUGAACAUUCGGGAAUUGCGCGAUGUCGACAUAGUGUCCGAUCAGUUGCCGUGUCCAGAAGCGGAACCGCUUUGCUGCGUGGAAACGAUGGCGCCGAUUAUGACAAGGCUGGAGACCGAGCGACCGGAAACCUACACCGAGGAUUCCGCCGAGAGUUUGACUCUGACAACUGGCGCCAGAGACGACGUUAGAUCCGAUGGGAGCGAUUCCGGUCUAGGUAAUGAAAUUCCUGGUGAUCCUGGUCCCACACCGGCCCCUGAAAGCGAUUCCGAAACCUCUUUUCUCGAUAGACUGCCGGAUGAUAUUCUCUCCGACAAAGAAAAAGGCAUGAACCAACUGGACAACUUUGCGACGUCGUCGGUUGCGCCCGGGAUACCGGAACAGCCGCCCAUGACGAGCUUUCGAACACUGCCGGCUAAGAGCAACCUAAAGCGCAGAUUGAUCGACUGCAUGGAGAACGAUGAGUCGCGGAGCAACACCGAAGAGCCUGUAAAGAAGAAGCGCAAUAUCCAUUUCGACGCCGUAACCGUUUAUUACUUUCCAAGGGCGCAGGGUUUUACCUGCGUACCUUCGCAGGGUGGCAGCACGCUCGGUAUGAGCGCCACCCACACACACGCUGAGAGAUUCUCAUUAUCGGAACACGCCGCUGAACAGAGGCGAAUUCAUCGAGCCCGCUUGGCGCAGCUGCGCUCCGAGCGCAACUGCGCGAUCAACUGCGUGACCGAAACGGCGUCCAGCUCGGAAGAUCCGAGCGACGACACCGACGAAGAGCCGAGCGAUAACGAGGAUCUUGACAUCGAUAGCUACUACUUUUUGCAGCCGGUGCCGACGUCGCAGCGUCGGGCGCUGCUUAGAGCGGCCGGCGUCAGAAGAAUAGAUGCCGUUGAGAAAGACGAAUGUCGUGACAUUCGGGCAAGCAGAGAGCAUUGCGGAUGUGGUUGUAAGGGAUAUUGCGAUCCUGAAAGCUGUCCUUGCAGUCGAGCCAAUGUCAAAUGUCAGGUGGAUCGACCUGGCUUUCCUUGCGGCUGCACGCGAGACGGUUGCGCGAAUAGCUCUGGCAGAAUCGAAUUCAAUCCUAUACGAGUGCGAACGCAUUUUAUUCACACUCUUAUGCGAUUGGAAUUGGAGAAGAAACAACGCGAGGAAGAGAGUGGCGGCGAUCACGAUCAGACGGACAAUCAGGGCCAAAGCAACAGAAACGGCAAUGGAUCAUUGAGGAAUAUUGGUUCUCUCGGCUCUGUGAUGGACACUGCCGGUAACGGCGACGUGUGUGCAAUUCCAGGACCUAGAAGCGGAAACGGAGGCGGGGGUGGAUUUACGACUCUGCAUUACGAGACGAGUCAUGACGGUGUUACCGGCGGUAUAGUGACGGCCGGUUGCCAGCCGGAAGUGCCCGGUACGCGAGAGGACAGUCUGGAUUUGUACGCAAUCAGUGACGAUUGUUAUCCGAGCGAAGACGCAGUAGACGGCAGCCAAUCGAUCGUACAGCGAAAGCUACAUCCAGAGUUCAGCCAAGCCUUUCAGAGCUUCUCACCGGGUGGAGCACAAAGCGGCGGUGGCAAUGGUAGCGGUAUGAACUUCCAGCAGUCUUCGUAUCAGGAUUACGGCUCGCCGUAUGCGGGUCUCCCGUCCACAUCGCGAGUGCCGCAGUUUCAACAGCCGCAGUUUCAGCCCUCGGCGCCGCCCAAUCCGGCCGCGUUUUCGCACUAUGGACCGUACGGCGCGGCUCAAAACACUGCGAGCGCCGGUCUUCAGAGUAACUGCGCUGCCCAGGUACAUCAGGUACCACCCCCGGGUCAGCAGCAGCAGCAGCAACAGCAACAGCAGCAGCAGCAGCAGCAACAUUCGUCUUACGAGACGGCGGUGUUUGCGCAAGAUGACGCCGCGAGUACCGCGCAGUACACGAAUUUAACCAAUUCGGUGCAGCCGAUGAACCCGAGCGUCGUGCAGCAGAUGCAGAACAAGCUCGAGCCUUUCUCGGAACUGCUCAGCGGCAGAUAUUCGUACUACGGCGAGAUGCACGAGCCGCAACAACACCACGGUACUUACGGUACUCACGGAACGACCUCGAAGAUCGCGGAAAUAGUCGAACCCGGCCAAGUUGCCGACGGGCAACAGUCCGAGAACACGUCAGAGGAUUGCGACGAAAACUUCGGCGAAAUCAUUAAAAAAUCCAUGGUGGAGACCGUAUCUGCCUAGAUAAGAGAGCUCUUUAAAUUGGGUUAAUCCUCACGAUGAGCUUGGAGACGAAAAAAAUUGUGGGUUCUCAGCGCUCGGAACUCCUCCACUUCUUUCGAGCUCUUCGUCCAAGGAGCGCGCCCAAAUAGAAAGCCCUUCGUCCAAGGCUGUACGAAAUAUAUAAAAAGAUUUCACCGAGUACAAAAGGUGCUCGUAAGUUUGGAGACUCGGUUUCUUCGAAGCCUGAGAAGGUUGGAAACCUUCGAAUUGUGUCGCGAUGACCUCGGAACUUUCUUUCGAGGAUAAUUCAGACAAAGGCUUCCGGAGGUUGUUGGCGGUCUUCACCUUUUCGCGCGCGACAAAUAACGGGUGAACGCAACGCCCUCCAAAGGAGAAGAAAGGUCUCCUGGGGCCAGAACAUCAGACUGAAGAAGCAGAUCUCGUACAGGAGGUCGUCGUUUUAGGGAAUUUUACAGCUAUCACGUAUGCGUCCGCCCGGGAUGGAGAGUCUCGUGACGUUAUCGUUUUGGCGUCCUCUCUUCGAUUUGUAUGGAUCGAUAUAGUAGUUUUUGAUGGGUCAGGCCAGCUCCACGACUUGGGAAGAUCAGUAGAAUCUUUAUAGCAAUCGAGAAAGAGAAUUUGUAAUAACAAAACUGAAAGAAAUGUGAUUCUAGAUCGUGGAGUCAAAAUGACUUAAUUUAGGAUGACGAUGACGUGAUGAAGCGGAGAGGAUCUGGGUCCGAAGGGAUAGAAAAUCGGGAUAAGAUAAGAUUCCGUGGAUUUUUUUGAAUCUUCGUCGGGAUUCUCUUCCACAAGUGAUCCGCGAGCAAUUUUAUUGAAAGAUUUAAAAACGAGGUUGUGACCAAGAAAUAACAUGGGAUCAGCUUUAGAUUGCAGUUUAAUAAUACCUAACUUUAAUACCUUAAGCAUAGGGCCAAUCGACCGGAAGCGGGUCGCGUGUCUUUUUAAACAAGCUUCGAAUGUUGGGAGGGGGGAGGGGGGGUCUGCGUUCGCGAAUGUAAUGCAGGUUGGACUUUGGGACGAGUCUGCACUUGCUCUAAAUUCGAGAGAACCGCUCUUAGAACGUUACGACUAGUAUGUAACUGUAUAUUUUAUACUUUAUAUACAUAUAUAUUGUUAUAUUGCAUUGUUUUCUUUUACAUAAUUAAUACUUUGUACAUAUAUUUUGGGUUUCUUGUCUUGAAGAAAGCGUAAGUUCGGGUGAAGUUGAUGAUAAGUUGAUGAUUUUUCGUUUUUCGAUUCUUUCUUCCUCUUUAUCUUGUAACAGCUGUUCCUCCAACGAUAGAUGCUUGUCGCUACACUGUUUAGAAAUCGUAAAUCACUAGAAAUGAAUCGUAUUUCACACACGAUAUUUCUUCUAGCGGUUGCGACAUCGUUUUGAUGGAAAACGGCCGACAAUAUGUUUUUUUAGUAAAUAAAACUUUUAUUUAAAUUUAGCUUUGUAUUCUGAUGUUGUUGUCUUUGACUCUCGUUAGCGUUGACGAACAUUGAAAUCAUGAAAAUUCUUCACCUAAGUGCGCGAAUCCAGCUCGCUGAUUAGAGAUUAAGGAGUUUUCGGAUCUCUCGAAUCUUUAGAGUCGCCAAAGUCGCGUUUCCUUAAGAGCGACAUUUUCAGACGCAAAGCGAGUGAGGAAAUUUUUUGCCGAUCGCCGUUUCAAAAAAGGCGGGGGACAGAAAAAAAAAGAAGAAUUAAAGAACAGAAAUGAGCGCACACGCAUACACAUGACACAUUCGGUAGACGAGCGUGAAACGUGAAGCGAUUGUGAUACUUGUGCAUACGAAGAAAAAAAA